UUAUGGUCAACAUAUUUAAGUUUUCUUUCACACAAAAAAUAAUAAUAAUAAAGAUCUCAUAUAUAUAUAUAACAUUUUUGGAUUUGGGGUGAAAGAAAACCUGAAUAUGUUCUUUACACUCACUCAUUAAGAGGAUGUUAACUUCAAUCACAACCAUUUAUACAAGCAAACCACUGACAUCUGGAACAGUCAGUGUGGAUGAGAGGAAGCGUCUGGGUGGCUGUUUGUGUCUGUAUGUAAACUAUUUCAGCUAUCAGUGGCAUGGGCAGGAAUGUGUGCGACCCACCACCCAAGACACCCUCGGGGGGAGGGACUCACAGAGACACGCCCCCUUUGCGUUGCUAUAACUACUGUAUGCUAAUGAGCUGAGCUACAGCCUCUCAGCUUCAUCUCAACAGGAGGUAACGCUAAACACACUACAGGCUGUCUGGCUGCUUUCUUAGUCUUCAUUAACAUUCAUAAUGCAUGAGACGCACAAUGGCCACAGUGAUAAACUACUAAUGAGCAGGAACAAAAGCAUCACCCGUCUCAGUGUGGAUGGACUGCAUGUGUAAACACUAAUGAUUGAAGCGGAUUUCACUUUAAUAAAAGAGACAAGUGUGAAUAGAAGAGGUUAUCAGCUCCGUAUCUGAUGCGGGAGACGGUGAGAGUGCGAGAGAGAAAUCCAAGGAGAGGGAAAGAUGGUGAUAACGCACUAAUCUACAGAUCUUCACAACAGAUGGAACCUCAAGUGUCUGAAGUGAAUGGGCCGCAGCUUCAGCGCUAACAAAGCCUAUUCAUGAAGAGACAUUCUUCAGGCAUCCUUUUCAAAUCCCCCUCCAAAUGAGUCUCCUCUCUUUUGCACACCCCCCCCCCAGACCACCAAAAAUGUAUCAUAUUAAACAUGACAAAGAACAUGUUUGUAUAUGCCUUCCUUUUAAAACAAAGAAUUGUAAUUUUCCUGCACUCUUAAGAUUAAAGGUUCCAAAAAGAACCAUUUUUCGAACGCUUCAAUAUUCUAAAGAACCUUUUUCCCAUCAAAAAAGAACCUGUGUGCAAUGGAAAGUUUCAAUGUAAGUUAAAAGGUUCUUCAUGGAACCACUGAUGCUAGUAAAGAAACUUUAUUUGUAAAAGUGUAGUGAACUUGUCACAUAUGGACAACGUGCAUCUAUAUAACUGUAAACCACAUAUGAGAACAUGUCUCAAAUCGGUUGCAUUUGAAAGAGACCAUAAAAAAUGCACCGGAAGAUCUGGGUGUUUGUUUCCAUUUAUGAUACGGCGGAAAAAGGAAGUUAUUAGUCACCAGAUUCGCUGUAAAUUUCUAAUUUAGGACCACCAUUUCAAGCGAAGCGAUCAAACAGCCUUGGAUCAGCGAUGUUCUUCCUCUCUCGGCUACAACUGCUCUAACAUUUCAUCUCUUUUGAAAGCCUGACAACCGUUUUGGAUGCUGCAGAAGGUUCACAGGCAUUUUAAAACGGUGGACUCUAAUUGCUUACAAAAGCCUUGCCCUGCUUCUCUAAAGCGACACGUCUAAGCCGUUCUACUCCGCAUUCCUGGGAACAAAAGCAGCGGGAUUCAUUCUGCCCCUGAAAGCGAAGAGAAAGUUGAUAUGAUGCCGUGGCUGGAGUUAAAUGAGGCAUAUGCCAGCUGGCGGGGGGUUGGAGGGUCUCUCCUAAAAGAAUGUGUAAAGAUGAGGGCUGAAGUUUGUUAAUCCUUUCAUUCUGAAGGAGGAGGGUUCGAACUGACAGGCUUUGAGAAAAGAUGAGAACCCGACGCUGUGAUGGUUUCCAGACAUCUGAACCAAACGAUACGAAGCAGAUUCACCUAGUGAUUCAAUUCUGCCUUGCCGUAAACGGAUCUCAGUUGGAGAGCACCAGCUAACAGGACAUAAAGUUGCCGUGAAGAUCCUCAACAGACAGAAGAUCCGCAGUCUCGAUGUUGUGGGGAAAAUUAAACGAGAGAUUCAAAACCUUAAGCUCUUCAGACAUCCACACAUCAUCAAGCUGUAUCAGGUGAUCAGCACUCCCACAGACUUCUUCAUGGUGAUGGAAUAUGUGUCUGGAGGGGAACUCUUUGACUAUAUUUGUAAAAAUGGAAGGGUGGAGGACACAGAGGCGAGACGUCUUUUCCAGCAAAUCAUCUCAGCAGUAGAUUACUGCCACAGACACAUGGUGGUGCACAGAGACCUCAAGCCUGAAAAUGUCCUGCUGGACGGCAACAUGAAUGCCAAGAUCGCUGACUUUGGUCUGUCAAACAUGAUGUCAGAUGGAGAGUUCCUGAGAACGAGCUGCGGAUCACCAAACUACGCCGCACCAGAGGUCAUCUCAGGAAGGCUGUAUGCUGGUCCAGAGGUGGACAUCUGGAGCUGUGGGGUCAUUCUCUAUGCACUGCUUUGUGGGACUCUGCCGUUUGAUGACGAUCACGUGCCCACCCUCUUCAAAAAGAUCCGUGGAGGGGUCUUCUACAUCCCAGAAUACCUCAAUCGUUCAGUGGCCAGUAUACUAAUGCUCAUGUUGCAAGUGGACCCACUGAAGAGAGCUACUAUCAAAGACAUCAGAGAGCAUGAGUGGUUUAAGCAGGACCUUCCUUGCUACCUCUUCCCCGAGGACCCCUCGUACGACACCACAGUGCUGGAUGAGGAGGCCGUGCGCGAGGUGUGUGAGAAGUUUGAGUGCAUUGAAGCCGAUGUAAUGAGCAGCCUCUACAGCGGAGACCCUCAAGACCAGCUGGCCGUGGCGUACCACCUCAUCAUCGACAACCGCCGAAUCAUGAACCAGGCCAGCGAGUUCUACCUGGCCUCCAGUCCCCCAACCAGCUCCUUCAUGGAGGAGGGCAUGCCUCUGCCACCAGGGGUCAAAGCUCACCCCGAACGGAUGCCCCCGCUGCUGGCCGACAGCCCUAAGGCACGAUGCCCUCUGGACGCCCUCAACACUACCCGACCCAAACCGCUAACGGUAAAGAAAGCAAAGUGGCACCUGGGCAUUCGGAGCCAGAGCAAACCCUACGACAUCAUGGCUGAGGUCUAUCGUGCCAUGAAGCAGCUGGAGUACGAGUGGAAGGUGGUGAACCCCUAUCACCUGAGAGUUCGCCGGAGGAAUCAGGUCACUGGGAAUUUUGUGAAGAUGAGUCUGCAGCUCUACCAGGUGGACAAUCGGAGCUACCUGCUCGACUUCAAGAGCACUGAUGACGAUGCAGUCGAGCACAAGUCAGGGUCGUCGACUCCCCAGCGCUCUGGCUCUACGGCCGGCCUCCAUCGGCCGCGUCUCAGCAUCGACUCUGCGAGCGUGGCUGUUGAGAUGCCCCAGCUCAGCAGCUCUCUGCCGGGCUCUCUGACCGGGAGCUCACCUCUCCUGGCUCCGCGGCAGGGCAGCAACACCAUGGACUUUUUCGAAAUGUGUGCCAGCCUCAUCACUACCCUGGCUCGCUGAGACCCAAAGCAUCAAAACACACCACCAUCUGAUGGUCUUUUCCUCUUUACAGACAAAAGGUGAAGGGUUAUGGGAUGUGAUUUCUGGAUUCGGGGUGCUUUUAUGUCAGUCCCACAGUAGCGGCACAGACAUAUGGUGACCUAAAGAGUUUUAAACACAAAAGAAACACCUACAAAUGUACGAAAGUCAUUGCAUUAUUUAACCAGUAAUCGUAUCACAAGCCUAAAAUCUUUUUUUCAUCACUUUAUCAUGCCUCAUUUUAUAAAAUUAUAUAAUUCAAUUUUAUAUAUUUAUAAUUGCAAACAUUGCUUAGGUUUUUCACUGACAUAAAUUCUAAAU